GUAAUCCAGUACAGAUGAGGCGUACUGGUCCAGGUCUGUGUGGGUGAACAUAUUCCAGUUAGCUACUAAAGAGAAUCCUUUAUGACAAAAUAAGAUUCUUUUGUAAAUGUUUGUAUAUAAUAAAGAGCCAUACAAAUAAAACAAUUGACAGCUGAUAGAUACAGACUCAAAGAAGAUGUUCUGCCCAAUAUUUAAAAUACACACAUUUGUUGCCUUCAUGAAGCGCAUAAAAGAAGCAGAGAUGUCAGAAUAAUACUUUUUUAACAGGGGCUUUUUUUCUUCAACAGUCAGUUUUGUUUGCUCAUGAAAUAUGAAUUCAUACAACUGAUGAAUCUUUUAUGGUAAAUGUAACCAUCCCUACCACACACCAAACAGCACUGUGAUCUAGACAGCAGCUGAAUAGUCUUGGUCCCAUGUCUAUUAGGAGCCUGUGUUCUCAAAACAAAUUCAGAGGCACUGUUUUUAUAGUUUAAAAGUCAUGUUGCCUGUUUAUUGCCUAAUGAAAUCUAGGGCCUGAUACAUUUAAAUAUUUUUUUAAAGGAAUAGAAAGAGUACAAUCAAAUUUCUUUGAUUCAUUUUAUAGUUACGAUUUCAUUUGUUUACCUAAUGUUUUUAUUUUGCUGUUAAAAGAAGUAAUAUUAUUAUUAGUAUUAUGUACACUAGCAUUUACCUUAAAGACAUUUCCACCACAAGGUGGUGGUAAAAAUUGGUGCAUAUUAUCCUCACAAGAAUGCUGGAAGUUAAUUUUCUGAGGCUCAAAGGUUUGUUGUGGGGAUAUGAGACAGAACUGUAAACUCAGUGAAGUGGAUUUAAUUUAAGGUCUGGACUCAGGGAAAGGCCUAAAGCAGGCAAGUGGGAAAAACCACUGCCUCUUCUGUUUGUGUAAAGAAGUUUAGCUACAUAUUUAAUUCUCAAGAUACAAAAAAAAAGUGGAAGAAAACUUAGUUUUUCUACAUGAUAGAAAAACUACGACAAAACUAAUAGUUUUUUAGUAAAAGAAAGAAAUAAUGUGCAAAAGAAUAAGUUCUGUUAGUUCUAACUGCCCAUAAAUUCUGUAGUAGACAGUAAAAAAAUAGGAGAUUUUCUGUCAUUUAAUUAUCUAAUACUUAAUUACUUUCAUGUAGUAUGAAAAGUCCAAAAUUUACAAUCUUCUUCACAACGCUGUCCAGUCGGCCGGAAAGAAAAUAUGAAAAAGAAAAUGUCCGCAAAUCGAUUACAAGUUAAAACUGACUGCCAGGUGCAGCCUGAUGGUUUCACUUUAGUAAAACGCGUUUCGUUUUUUACUCGUCUCCAGUCGAGGCCACCGUACUGCGUUGUGCGUGACGCCACGAGCAAAAACAAGGACCACAGGCGAGUGAUGAGUAGCUAGCUCCGUUCAACGCAAUUUAAUUCCUUUAUCUAAACAGCUGUUACAAUCGAAAGCAAAAACCCACGCGUGAAACAUCUCGACAAUUAAGAUUUCACUCCCGUUUACAAGUGUCUGUAGCACUCGUAUCGGACACGAUAUCACACGAAUGCUACAGCUAAAUAUUAGCUGGCUAGCUGACAGUUCAAAUCGACGUCUCAUAUCAGUAAACAUCGCGUUAGGCUGCUUUUUACCAUUAAUAAUGUUAUUAAUAAAAGCUUAUCCCUCCUCACGAGGAAUACCGACAGCGGAAAAUUGGUGUAUUGUUGAAUAGAAAUUACUCUGCGGUUAUGGCCUUCAGCUUACAACAUGUAGCAGGAUUUUCACAAUACACCAUUUAAUAAAACAUCAAACGUCAUUCUCCUUUGCAUUCAUUCACUAAAGCACAUAAGCCCCGUGAGUAACAGCUAAUAGACAGGGAGGCUGAUAGAGUGCACCAUGUCGGACCUGGACACCCUCAUAGUCACCUUUCAGACCCAGCUUUCAGAUGUGAUGGAGGCUGUAGUGAAGACAGCCAUGUUUGAGGUGACCAGGUUGGUGGAAGAUGUGUUUUUGGUGGAGGUGAAGCGCAGGAGCCAGGAGAUAGAGUCCCUGAGGAUGCAGCUGCAGUGGAUUGAGAGCAAAUUCAAGGAUCAAGCAGGGAAAGAAGGAGGAAAGACUGGAAGGGGCGUGCACUGUGCAAGGCAUGGUGUGGAACUGUCCACUGACACUGCAGAAAAAAGGCCUAAAAACCAUCAGGAAGAACAAGUUAGUGUGAAGACAGAGAGUGACUCUUUUGAAAGAUGGACAGCAAGCUGCAGACUAGAAGACACAUCAGAGUCGCUACCAGAGGCAGACAGUGCUACAGCUGCACAGAGCCCUGAAAGGGAGCCAGAGGCAGCAGAAGAAAAGGAUGUGAGAUCAGCUGUUGCUACGAAGGAGGAAGAAGUUAGUCAGCCAUCUUGCUCCUCUGUGCAUAUGGGAGGGUGGAACUGUAGUGGCCAAUAAAGCUGCCGUGAGAGGUGAAUGACGCAAAACUCUUCACUGUCCAAUCAAUGGUGAGUGCUAAUUAGCAAAUAUUAGCUAGUUCUGGAGCUGUAGUGAAAAGGCGGUAAUAUUUUCAAUAAGAUUAAAUGGCAUAAAUCUAAUCGAAGUCAGUUUAAAAGAUCAACACACUGACAACCUGUCUUGCUGCGGAAGGGGAGGAUUGAUGUGAGAUGGCAUUUUAUAACAGGACUAGGGGAGCUGUGUGCACUAUUUUCCGUACUCUGUGCUUGUGAGCAAACCAAGUGGCUUGUUAGUGCAUCCAAUUUAACAGCUAUCCAGCAUUUUGGCUAAACAAAUCUGAAAUAACUGUCAGGCUGCAGAGGAAAGCCUUGUUUUGCUCUGCAGGUGGGCUUUUCUAUAACGAUGCAAUAACAUGUGAAUUGUCAGGUCAAAAUUUCAUUCUCUUCAGUUUUGUUUUUUUUGUUUUGUUUUUAGAAGAAUCUUUCCAAUCAGCCUAGUCUGUGCUUUGUGUUUAGGGGCUGUUAAUGUUUACAUGCUAGCCUGCUGCACAGUGACAAAGACCGGUGUAAAAAGCAUCAGCAUAAUGAUAUUGUUACUGCAAGUAUUUUAGAAUGCUAACAUGAGUGUUUAGCUUUAAUCGGUGAUUAAAAAAGCCCUCUCACUUUUUACAUUUAUUUUUAUGUAACUACCUGCCUAAUAUUGUGUAAGUCUUCCUUAUGCCAUCGACAUAGCUCUGACUGACUGAUGUACUGUGGAGUCUGGCACUGGAACAUUGGCGACAAAUCCUAUGGGCACAGUGGGUUACGGGGUAGGUCCUUUGCGGAUCGUGUUUUUCACCAAGCAUCCAAUGCAUGUGCAGUCAGAUUGAGAUCUUGGCAGUUUGGAUCAGUUGUAGUAGUUUCAUGAAGCGCCUCGCCCUGCUGGGGAGGCCACUGCCUUUGGGAAGUGCCAUUGCUACACUGCUGAUCUGCAACAGUGUGGGCGGUACUGGACAGAAUAACAUCCAAAUGAAUGACGAGCAUUUUAUUGUAAGAAAUUGAUCAAUGUUAUUAUUCACUUCUGCUUUCAGUGGUUUCUAUGUUGUGGUUGAUUGGCAUACAUAAAAGCAUCUUUGAAAGAAGAUCCUUUUUCAAGAACUUGUUUUCAUGUUCCCGAAUAAGAAGCAUUCACUGCAUUUUAGAUGAAGUAUUCUCUUCAUUGACAAAUAACUGUUGCUCUGAGGAGCUUCGACAUUCAGGAGAACUCCUGGUGGUAAGAUAAAACACACUGUGAUUACUGUUACUGGACACAAAUAAGCAUUUCUCUUUGAUACUCAGUGAAUAGCAAUGAGAGCAGCCACUUGACAUUGGGAGUUAUUUAUGAAAAAGGAAUUUAUUUCUAUUUGUCUGUUUCUCUCUACACCUGUGUGCAGAGAGAGAGAAAGGGAUGGAGAAUCGUGCAUACUGGUGGGGUUCACACUGUCAUUGCCAAUGGACAGGCAUGCACAUCUUUCAUCGCUCUUUGUGUGUGUAAUAAUAACUGUGCUUGACUCUUUCCCCUGCCAUCCUCACAGUGUGAUGCUUGUUUGUCCUUCAAGUUUGGCAAAAGCUUCUGAAAUCACAUAACCUGUCUUGCUGUGUGUGUAAGUGCACCUGCAGUGGACAGUCACAAUAAUAGAAAAAUCUGUUUCUAUGCAAGAAUAAAUCCAAAAGCCUAAAUAGUCCUUUUAUAUAAAGACUAACAAUGUACUACAUUUGUAAUAUUAAGCACCUUACAUGUCCAUUCAUUAUGUAUUUGUCAGGAGAGAACCUUUGGCAUGGACAAGAGUAGCACAGGGUCAACAAGAUCCUUGUUAACAAGGUCUCUGAAAUGAAUCAGAGAGCCUGGAGUGUUUUCUCUUAGUAAUAAUUUCAAUUUUGUCCCUGAAUAUAUUAGAAGCAAUCUAAUAAACUGUUGUAGAUAUGGGUAGGUCCCAGAGUUAGCUGUUGCAUAACUCUCUGUGUUUGGCCACCAUUAUUGUCAGUUCCAUAUACACUAUUGUGCCGCUAUACAUUGUGGGAAAUAAUUAUGUGACACCCUGCUGAAUUUGUGACUUUGUUCACUUAUAAAUACAUUUUUACAACAGUUUCAUUUGAAUUUAGAGAGACAGAAUAACAACCAAAAAUCCAGAAAAAAUUACAUUAUUUAAAAGUUACAAAUUGAUUUGUUCAUCUCAUUGAGUGUAAGAAGUAUUUGAUCCCCCGACCACCCAGGCAAAAUUCUGGCUCCUACAGAUUUGCUGUGUGCCCAAGUGACACACAGAUCACAAUCAAUCCGUAGAAUGGGCUACAAGACAUCAGCAAGAAGCUUCGUGAUGAGGUGACAGCUGUUGGUAUGAUUAUUCAGAAAUGGAAGAAAUGAUUGUGAAUCACCUGCGAUCAAGAGCUCCAUGCAAGAAAUUGCUUCAUAGCGUGAAGAUGGUUAUGGGAAAGGUAGCGGAUCAGCCCAAAACUAAAGUGAAGCUUCAACGUGAACAGCAGCCAAGAAGCGUAGGAUUUAGAGCAUUUCUGUGCACCAAAAUACUUCCUGAGAUAUCUGCAAACCAAACUUACAAAUUCAACAGGAUAUGAAACGAUUGUUUCCUCCACUGUAUACUGAAAUGGCAAAAGAUCAACAAACAGACCUGGGAAAUCGAAAAUUCCUGAAACAAACUGGAAAACGUUUUGUUAACAGUGUUGGGAUUUGUUUUAGUGGUUAGCCUCCAAAUAAUUAUUACAAACUAGGAAUUUUGCAAACUGUCCUAAUAAAUGUUGGCUAACAUUUGUUUGCAGGAAUUAGUAGAAGUUAAAACAGGAUAAAAUGGGCAUUUAUUUGUAACAAAGACAGAAAUAUGACUCCAAAUCAAAGCUAUCAAGUCUGUAAGGGUGUAUUAGGUCACCAUUGUGACUCUGCAAAAAGAUGUUUUAACUGCUUCAGCUUCUUAAAAGAUUGUAUGGUAACAAAGAUCAUGACAGCAUUUGUUAUAAAAAUCCAGGACCUGCUCAUAUUAGCAAAGCUAAUCAAAUCAUGUUCAACCAGCUGAGGCCUGCCACUUUGCGAGGUUUGAUUCGGUGGUGUUGAAGAGGUGAUAUUUGUGACCAGUGUGAUAAUUUAGGAGGAAGCACUUCAACCAUUUUACUACUACUAAAUAAUAAUAGAGCAGCUGUAAUCGCCUGUUGAUUGUUGAUUGUCACAUAUUUAGACAUACUCUCGAUCCAGCACCAGACCUCCAUUGGAACAUUUUAGUUUUGAAUCUGAAUGCACUGAGUUCGGAUACAAAAUAUGUUCCCACUCUGUUGUCAAUCAGAUGAUCAUUAAGCACAGUACAGUUUGUGCAAAUGCUGCGAGAGAUGAUGUGGAUCAAUUUUGGCACCAUUAUGUAGUUUUUUCCUGACCUUUGUUCCUUUUUGCUAAUGCAUUUUGUCAUGUUGUCAUGUUCACAGUAUUUGCACAUUUGAGAAGUCCAGAGAGUUCCUCCAUCACACUGGGUUGUUCUGCAGUUUCAUUAAUCCAUACCUGGUAAUUUGGACAUUGAAGAUUUCUUUGUCUUCUCUGGAGCGCUGUUAAUUGUCUAAUGUUGAUUUUGAAAGCAUUCUCUGUUCAAACAGUGUUUGUCGAUGUUUGUCAAUACUCAUCGGAGUCCAGCGUGGUACAGAUUGGCCGUGUCUAUUCCUUUAAAGUCCAUUUUCAUUUGUUUUUCUCAUCAUGUUAUCCGCAUGCUAUAUUCUAUGUCUUGAUCUUUCUUGUUUUCUCUUUGUCCUCAUUUGCACAGCUCCCUCUUCCCCACCUCCUUUGUUUUCUCGCUCUCACCUCUUUGACCCUCAUCCUUCCUUCUCGGCUCCCCCUGCACACGUUUCUCCACCCACAGCCAAUCAUAAUAUAACUCUGGUAGCAUCUGAAAAUCUGCCUAUAGCAGGAUCCAGGACUUUAAAAAGUGCCAUUUUGACUUGUCAUUUCCCCUUGUUUAGCUGUAGGCACAUAUCCUCCCACACACUCAAAGCAAAGUGGCUUCGUUUGCAACUGUCAUCAUUGCAGCAGUUUUUUAAACUAUGUUUAACUACUUUUUCUGUGUCCUUGUCAAGAAGAUGAAACUGGUACUUUUGUGACAUAGGGAAUUUCAGCAUAUUUACAGUUAAAAGGGCAGGAUUCCCUUUUUUCCUUUUGUUUCUUCCAAUGUUAAACAUGCAACAUUACAAGAUUUAAAAUACUUCCACUGAUGGUAAAAAUGAUCAAUUACUAAUGCUAAAAAUGAAAGAUGUAUAGUUUAAAACCUGUCUUCAAUGAAAAUAAAUGGUUCAGCAUCGUAGUAGGCAUGUUGCUAUGCUUAUGCUUUCUAUUCAACUCUAAACACAAAACCUGGCCAAAAUUCACUGGAAUUGUAUUAGUUUUGCUGGUAUUUGAUAAUGAAUGGAACUAUUCAGAGGACAUUAAAAGUGAUGUAUUCUUAGAGGGGAUUCAAUGUGUUUGACAGAUUGAAUGCCAAGCUAGACUCCAAUUAUUGAAACAUUUCUCUCAAAACCUCAAAAGAAAAAAAAAAAUUCAGCAUCUUAUAACCAAGAAUGGCUUUGUACCAUUCUGUCCAGUAGAUACUGAGAUAUGUCAAGGAAUAAGUAAAAAUGUAUACCGUAAUACUCACCUUUGAAAUAAUUCUAUAAAAACAUACUUCUUGUACAAGACUUUCUGAAGGUUCAGUCAGUUUGAAUAUACAACAUGCGGCUCAACGAGAUGUUAGAGCUCUGUGCAAAGGUAUAAUUUCAGCCAGGUAAGUUUCAGGUCAUUUUUCUUACAGAAACCCUUUUAAAUAUAUUCUGACAUGGCAGAAGAAAGAAAAAAUGAGCUGAUGAAUUCAUCCAUCUGAAUCACGUUCAGUUAUUACCUUGUGCGCAGAGCAAUAAAGUUAACUAGCAGCAGCUAUGUGAUUGUCAAGCAUUUUUCUUCCUUGAGUUUGACUCUCAGGUGGCUUUCUACCUCAUCUUUUUACUGGAGGUUAUUGGAGUCCUGAGAGGAUGACUCCAGGCGUUACUCAGGGCUGAAAAGAAGCACCUGCCUCCCUAUUUUGUUAUGGGCAAAAUGCUUGCUUGCAGUGUUAAUUAUUACAAUUAUUAUUUUCCCAAAACAACACAAGAACGGAGCAUCGGUGGAAUUGGUGAAGUGCAGUGGUGAAGCUAAAAACCUUUCUUAAAAAUUUAACUAAAACCGGCUCCAUCGAUUCACACCCAGUUCAGUUCAGGUUUAUUUACAAAGGGUUGAGGGACUUUAUACUAAGACGUAAAGAUCCUACAGUAUCCAGGAGAAAACCCCUGACAAACCAGUGAAAGAAAACUCUGUUUUACUGGUAUUUUAGCAAACCUGUCUGACUCAAUGACUUGGACACACGCACUUGCCGACAGAAAUCAAAAGCACUCUGACAUUAGGCUCAAUCAGCCAACAUCUGCUGAAUCCCCAAACUGACAUUUGAAAAUGUCGUGAGAAAUAUAUCAGCUCGUGCUCCAGAACAAUUAUUACAUUAGAAGGAAACUGAGAAGUGAUUAAAAGUUAUACCCAUAACACCAAGAAUAAUUAAUGUGGGGUUUAACUGUUUAGAGAGAAAAUACAGGAAAUUAAGUCUUUUCCUACCAAUUCUCUACAUUUGCUCUCAAAGUCAAUCUAAUUGAUAGAGUCAAAAUUAAUAAUUUCAAAGAAAAAGAUAAACCUCUCAAUCCAGUUAUCCUUGAUUGUACAGAUAGAACAGCAGGAAAUUCCCUUCAAAGGACUCAUUUCUGUACUGGACAUCUCACAUCUGCUUUUCUCAAUUAGGCCUGUCUGUUACAUUACCUUACAUCACUAUUGCUAGCCACAUUCAUUACUUUGUUCUUGAAAGCCUUCUUAUUCCUCGAGUCUAGGUAUUCACAGGCUCGGUACGAAAUGCUGCGAUUAGGAGCGUCAUACCAAUAGUGAUGCGGUGUAUUUAAAAAAUAGGCUGCAUUCAGCAGGGGUCAGUGUUGCUCCAUGGAAAACUGUGACACUGCGAGUCUUUUCUGGGGUGUGUUGAUUGAGCUGUGUGUGCAAAUGUGCCAUAAAAAGUAAAUCUUAACAACGCAAAUUGACACGGUACCACACAAACAAAAGCACACUCUUUAAUCUAGUUUCCAGCUCUGAUUCCCAGAACUAUAAAGCAGAUGACACUUCCUCUUUUUCUUCUUUGGAUGCUUCUUCAUGCUUCUUCUCCUCCAACUUUUUGGUCUUUUUUCUGCUUUCUGAAGUGUUCUACCCUCUGGUCACACAACCACAAACACACACACACACUGAGUAAGACACACACGAUAGCAAAGCAAAGCAAGGGAGGAGAAGCAAGACAGGCUGAGAGUGUGGGUGAGAGUGGAGAGGGAUGAUAGCUAUGGUUUUGUGUUUUCCCCCUUUUUCUCUCUUGGUAAAGGGAUCCACCUAGAGCAAACUGCCGCGCACACACAGACAGAUAUAUACAAUUUUUGUUUUCUCAUGAGGGCACUUAGCAGAUGUAACAAGGGGGGAACAGGCAGGAAGAGUGGCUUAAGAAGCAUACUGGAAUGAACGUGUCCAUUUCUCUGUAAAUUUUUAUCUCAUUUUACAACGGAAGUGUCUGUGGGACUGACCAGUGUAUCUGUGUGGACAUGUAUCUGAAUGUGUGUUAUACAUGUCAGCCAGAAUAAUUUUGACUCCGUAAUGUUGUACUGUGUGGUUAAAGUUACUCUCCUGCUCCCUUUCCCAUUUAACAAAGUCUAUUAGAUGGCUUAUUGUGGAAGCCGAGAAGGAAAAAAAAUCCAAGGCUACAUUACCUCUUCCUGGCUAAGCCUGGAGCGAGUAUCUGGACAAACUAUUGAGCAGACAGGGGUCUGUCUCUUAGUGUACUGAGCAAGUGUGAUAGAGAGAGAGAGGAAGACAGGGACUGGAGAUGGAGAAGGAGAGACAGAUCGGAUUAGCUGAGUUGCAGUUAUUCCAUUACCUCUCAGCCUUACAUACACACGUGUGUCUACACACACACACACACACACACACACACACACACACACACACA